AUGACUACACUGGAACUCAAUUCCGCCCAAGAGCUCAUUUUUGGCGGUAUUCCUGAGUCUACUAAUACCCCUAACGAGUUCUUCUUGGCCCAGCAGCAGAAGCUGGACCAUCUUGAUGCCCUUUCCCCUCUUCCGUAUGAAUUACUGGACAAAAUAAUUGGAUAUGUUUAUUAUAACGACACCGACAAAAUUUACUCUUUGAACGCUAAUACCAAGGAUCUUUGUCGGUCCGUCAGCCUGGUGAACAGCGCAUUCUAUCUGCUCAGUCUCAAGUAUGUGUUCAGAUACGCUAAUUUUACCAGAUCCACUUUUUUUGACCGAUUCCUCAAGAAUUUGCAAAAGAACAAUCUUCUCGGCAGCUAUGUAAAAUUCCUGGAUUUCUCGGAGUUCACGUCAGUCGGCCUGGGAAGAACAGGCCAGAUGAUGCAAGAGAUCCAGAUGGUGACACACAAAACCAUUCUCCAGUGUCUGGAGCUGACCCCAAACCUGACCGAGUUUCUUGCCAGUGAGAGCAUCGAGGGCGACAUCGACAGCGUGGUAGUUGACCACCUUUUCAACAAAUUGCCUAAACUGGAAGCCAUUGAUUUUUGCGGCUCCAGCGGUAUCGGCUUCUCCCGAAGCUUUGAGAACCUGCACAUAUUCCCCAACUCUAACGUCAAAAACCUCUCUUUCCACGAAUGCACAGACCUCACGAACGAAGCAUUUACCAGCAUUUUGCGCAACCUCACUGCAUUGGAGCGGCUCGAUCUCAGCCACACGCAAAUCACCAUCCAGACCCUUAACGACAGUCUCCAGGAGUCCGCACGGCUCACCCAUCUAUCGAUUGCACGUUGCUCCCGUCUUGGGGCCGCUCGACACCUGAUCGAGUUUCUCACCAAACACCCAGCAGUCAGCAACGAUUCUUUGCUCUGGCUCAAUUUGCAGGUCGACACAAACAUUGCAUCUCCAUUCAACACAAACACACUAACGUUUUUGCUUGGAAACAUGAACGCUUCAAAUCUCCGUUACCUUAAUCUGGCCGGCGUCGACGUCGAGCCCAAACAUUUGAUGCUUAUUGCCGAGAGAUUCCCAUCGCUCGAAAGUCUCGUGAUCGCUCAUUCGCAACUUUCCAUUGAUGAUUUGCUACUAGUCUUGUCAAGCUUGCACAACCUCAAAUUUAUCGAUCUCACAGGAAACAAAAAUAUCACCAGAUGGACUUUGGACAACAACCAGCUGCUCACAUGCUGUCCAACAUUACAAGCCAUCGAGGUGGACUACAAAGUGGUUGACCUACUUGAUGAUACCACCGGUAAGCUCAGGGUUUACAACAACGGUGCUCUCGAAAUCUGGAAAACCUACAACGACAACGGAAAGGGCAGACGAGCUUGGGUAUUCCGGCUGAACGAGGAGCAGCUGAAGAAAGAGUUGAAUGGUCAAUCUUUGAACUUUAAUAAUAAUCUGGUGUAUUUUGACAUCAACACGGGUAGAAAGAUUAUGCAGAAGAUUGAGCGUCCGGCCUUUUUGAAAUACGCCUCACGGAAAAUCAACUGCUCCAAGGGUCUCUUCCAGAACGAUGAGUUGGCAUUUCCCGGCGAGUUUACUGAACGGGGCAUUUAUAAGUACUAUUCUUUGAAUAAAUAA